AUGGUUAUGGUGGUCGAAAUAGUUUCCAAAGAGUUUAUCAAACCCACUUCUCCAACACCCCAUCAUCUUAGAACACACUUGCUUUCCUUUUUGGAUCAGUUCCUUCCUUCAAUUUAUGUCCCUAUGGUCCUCUUUUAUAUGGACCAAGAAAGAAGCAUUCCAGCAGCUACAUCCAACUCCAGGAGGUCACAAUUGCUUAAGGAAUCUCUAUCAGAAACCUUAACUCUCUUUUAUCCCUUGGCUGGAAGGAUCAAGGACCAUCUUUCCAUCGAUUGUAAUGAUGAGGGAGCUUACUACGUAGAGGCUAGAGUUAAUCAUCCACUUCGUGAAUUUCUCAACCACACUGAUUCAUCUUAUGUUUCUCAACUCCUCCCUGCUGAAGCUACUUGGACAGCGACGACUGCAGGGGGUUAUAUAGCCAUGAUACAAGUCACCACCUUUGCAUGCGGUGGCAUUAGUCUUGGCGCAUUUCUCUCCCACAUAAUCUUUGAUGGACCUGCCGCUACAACGUUUAUCAGCAGUUGGGCUGCACUGACUCGCAAAUGUGGUGAAGAAGCUGGAUCUGCAAAUUUUGACGCCUCUUUUGUCUUCCCACAGAGCGUGGCAUACCCCAGGGAGGCAACCCUUUCAGCCCUGUUUAGCCCAUUUCUCAAAAAAGGAAUAUGUAGGUCAAUGAGAAUUGUUUUUGAUGCCUCAGCAAUAGAUUUAUUAAAGGUCAAAACAGCAAGUUCAAGUGUACGGGAUCCAACACGAGUUGAGGUUGUCUCAGCCCUCCUCUGCAAGUGUAUCAUGGCUACUUUUAAAGCAAAAUCCGGCAUCCAGAAGUCAACUCUUAUAACCCAUGCAGUGAAUCUUCGUCAAAGGGCAGUACCACAAUUCUCAAAACAUUCAAUGGGAAACUUCCUAUGCAUGGCAGCUGCACUAGUGAGAGCAAACGAAACAGGGUUGGAUAACUUGGUUUGCCAUCUAAGGAAAGCAAUAAGAAAAGCUGACGGUAAUUUUGUUACUGCUCUACAAGGAGAUGGUGGAUGGCUUAAAUUUAGUGAGUACAUAAAAGAGAUAGGUAAGGAAUGGAAUGGUGAAGCUGGUGAGAUUGAUUUCAUUGGGUUUACUAGUUGGUGCAACUUUGGUCUGUAUGAGAUUGAUUUUGGGUGGGGAAAGCCAACGUGGGUUACCUGCACUGCUUCCACCAAAUCAGAAGCUGUGUUCAUGAAUCCAAUUGUUCUGAUGGAUACAAAGAUGGGAAAUGGAAUUGAAGCAUGGGUGUUCUUGGAGGAGCAGCACAUGGUUAUGCUAGAGCAGAACCAAGAGCUCCUUGCGUUUGGCAACUCAGAACGGAGUCCAUUGAGUUUGAAAGUGGAUUACUCUGUUUGAGAUGACUGAAAGAAAUAAAAUCUGAUCAGUAUAUAAAAAAUCAAGCUUUUCGUUUUCCCCUCAUCAGUUUUUGUCAAA